AUGUCAGCGAAUUCUAAGCAACGAUUUAAAGAUAAAUAUAAGUAUAAACCUCCUGAUCCCAGGCGAUCUCAUCGGAUACUAAGCGCAGAAGAGAUCACAGCAGGCAAAGGUAGCAAAUGGAGCGAGUUAAGAAUAGAAUCUAACGUGCGAAUUUUAUCUCCCAAGAUAUUUGGUAUGCGCUUUUUGACAGCGCUGUAUUUAAAUGAUAAUAAAUUAACCGCGUUGCCCAGUGAGAUAAACCUUUUGGAUAAUUUAACCUACCUUGACGUCUCUAAUAACAACUUGCGAUCAUUGCCCACGUCAAUUGGUGAUAUGGUUAACUUGCGAGAACUCAACCUAUCGAAUAACAAUUUAAGGAGGCUUCCUAACGAAGUAGGUAAAUUAUUCCUUUUGCAACAUCUAAGGCUUCAAGGAAAUCCUUUACCACCUGAGAUUUCAAGUAUUCACACCGAGACAAAUGGCACAAGCAAGCUUCUGUUGUAUUUAUUAGACAAUCUUGAAGGUAUUGUUUAUAUUACAGUUUGCCCUCAACCUCCUCCUAGGGACUGGAUUUGCUUAUCAGACAGCGGUCGAGAAGUGACGCCUUAUGCUUUUACCGUUAUGUGCUAUAACGUCUUAUGCGAAAAAUACGCUACAAGAUCAUCUUAUGGUUAUUGCCCAAGCUGGGCUCUUGCAUGGGACUAUAGACGGCAAAAUAUUAUGAAAGAAAUAUUACACUAUAAUGCUGACGUAAUAUGUUUACAAGAGGUAGCUACGGAUCAAUUUUAUACGUAUCUGUUGCCAGAAUUAAAAUUACACGGCUAUGACGGAAUAUUUGGGGCCAAGUCUAGAGCUCGUACUAUGGUCGAGCCUGAAAGAUCUGCUGUGGAUGGAUGUGCAAUAUUCUUUCGAUUGAAUAAAUUUACACUAGUGAAAGAGGAUCUGAUUGAAUUUAAUCACUUGGCCAUGAUGCAUGCGGAAAAAUCUGAGGACAUGAUCAAUAGAGUAAUGACAAAAGAUAAUAUUGCUAUGAUAUGUGUAUUAAGAGUCAACAAAACUGAUAGCAGUGGUAAACCAUUAAGAUUAAUUGUUGCGAACGCCCACAUGCAUUGGGAUCCAGAAUUUUCGGAUGUAAAAAUUGUCCAAACUGUGAUGCUCGUCCAUGAAAUUUAUUCCCUCAUGAAGACUAUAGCGUCCGAAAUCGAUUGUGCUAUCUCAGAAAUCCCAUUGGUGGUUUGUGCUGAUUUAAAUUCACUGCCGUCAUCAGCCGUUGUGGAGAUGUUGACUUCCGGUAACGUUUCAGUAAAGCAUCCCGACUUUAAGGGAAAGAGUUAUGAUGGCUAUUUCAAUAACUCGUGUAAUAUUUUAACUCGAGAAAAUAAUUUAGUGUUGCCGUUUAAGCUUGCACAUGCUGCCAAUCAAGAUUUUUUGCCAUACACGAAUAUGACCUAUGACUUUACUGGAAUUAUAGACUAUAUUUUGUUCCCUAGUAAGCUACUGUAUCCUAGUGGAAUUCUGGGAGGCUACAGUCAGGCAUGGGUUGAGGAAAAUAAGAUUGUUGGAUAUCCUCAUCCUCACGUACCAUCCGAUCAUAUUUCAGUUCUCAUUGAGCUGGACUUCAAACUCGGCCAAGACUAA